GGCGUUGUGAAGCGCGGUGUGGGGAGAAUUUGGCCGUGGAGGGAAGAGGGGCGCUGGAGGGGCUAGCCAUUCUCGGGAGGGCAGUGUCCUGAGUAGAUCUGUGGGCACAAUUGUGCGGCAACCCCGCGCUGAGCGCUGGAAAGGGGUCCUCCGCGGGAACUUGUGUGUCUGAGCGAAGGCAUAGCCUAGACAGCUUGACCCUCAGGCCUCCGGACCCACUGACAUCCUUACCUUGGCCGUGGACCACGUCCACAGGGUCGGAGAUUUGUUCGGGGGGCCUUCAGGGCGCCCCCACCCCGUGUAAAGGCGGGACUUCCGGCCCUGGCCCCCGUCUGGGCGGGAUUUCCUGUUUUCUUCUUGGAGCCUUGGGUCUUUGCUGGUCUUGGAUGAGAUGUGCGUGGGUCUGGGGGUCCCGGAGCCAUUGAAACUGAUCCCCGUCGUGCACCUUGCCGGGGGUUGCUCCCGCCUGCAGGCAGAGAGCGCUUUGCUGUUUGACAGGUGGUUGGCAGGGCAUGCACCAGGCACUAGCCUCUAUACCCUGGGGGAGCCUGAACAUUGUUCAUCUCAUCCUGAGAAGCCUGCGGCGUCUCCCCGCUCCUGCGAGGAGCAAGGUUCCCCUGCCCAUCUCUCCCAUGUGGGCUCGGAUGGCGUCGGGGCGCCCCGAGGAGCUUUGGGAGGCGGUGGUGGGGGCCGCCGAGCGCUUCAGGGCACGGACGGGCACAGAGCUGGUGCUGCUAACGGCUGCGCCCCCGCCGCCGCCCCGGCCAGGGCCCUGCGCCUACGCUGCCCAUGGGCGCGGGGCCCUGGCAGAAGCUGCCCGCCACUGCCUCCACGACAUCGCCCAGGCUCACCGGGUGGCCACUGCCGCGAGGCCCCCUGGCCCCCCACCGCCACCAGAGUUGCCCAGCCCUGCCCAGAGCCCACCCCGGCCAGCCCUGCCCAAGGACGAUGACGUGGAGGAGGAGACGACUGAGACAGAGACCUCUGGGGAGCGGUUGGGCACCAGCGACAAUGGAGGGCUCUUUGUGAUGGACGAGGACGCCACCCUGCAGGACUUGCCGCCCUUCUGCGACUCAGACCCCGAGAGCACGGAUGAUGGCAGCCUGAGUGAGGAGGCACCCGCUGGGCCCGCAGCCUGCUCAGUGCCCCCAGCCACAGCCCUACCUACGCAGCAGUACGCCAAGUCCCUGCCCGUGUCCGUGCCCGUCUGGGCCUUCAAGGAGAAGAGGACAGAAGCACGGUCAUCAGAUGAGGAGAAUGAGCCGCAGCCCUCCUCGCCGGACCUGGACCGCAUUGCGGCGAGCAUGCGCGCGCUGGUGCUGCGAGAGGCCGAAGACACGCAGCUGUUCGGGGACCUGCCGCGACCACGGCUCAACACCAGCGACUUCCAGAAGCUGAAGCGGCAAUACUGAGGCCCCGGGCGAGUGCUCUGCCUGGCCCGGCCCGGUCCGUACCCCACCCCCGCCGCGCCCCCGGGGCCCGCCAAUCCGGGCCCGGCCCGCGGCCGGCCUCCCGUGUGUCCCCGUGCCCACAGUCCCAGCUGUUCUUACAUCCCCCACGAGCGAGCGAGCCUAACGGUUCCCUAGCCGGGCCUGUCGCCGGUCGCUCGGACCAGCGACAGCGUCUUUUUGCAGGGACUGGCUCGCUCCCCGCUCAGGGCGCGGCGAGUUCUAAACCUUCACUGGGUCAACCGAGUCCCGUUCUGCCUAGCGACAAGGACUUUUGCUAGCACGACAUUGGCUGCCUCGGGAGAGCAGCCCAGCUUCGGGAUUGGGCAGAGGGCCGCCACUUCCUCUCAGAGAUUGGGCGACCUCCUUAUCCGAUUGGCUCGAACCAAAGGGUUUAACCAAUCUCUGAGACCCACCAUCUGCCCGAGCGCUCCCGCCUGGUUGGUUCCCGCCUCCUGGGGGCGUGGCCAAACCCUUCUCGUAUUCCCAGGAUUGGCCUGUGGCCUUAAGAUUACGUUUCUGUACACUACUGGGGCUGGGGUCGUAUAUUUGGACCUGGUCCUGAUAAUUUGCCCCUCGGGCCCCUCAGGGAUGGCUCGGUCCAUCCUUGACCCCUCUUAUUAGUUCCAUCCCAGAAAAGCCUGCCAAUCGAAGUCCGUCCCUGCAUCAGGACGGUACCAGCUCCUGCUCCUCUUGUUCUACCGUACAGGUGCCUUACAGGGCUCUCGUCCACCCAAGGUGGGGGGCAGGGGCUCUCUCACUCUCUGGCCCUGGCGCGGGAGAGAGUGGCUGGUGGGAGCCUGGAGUCGGGAGGGGCUCACGAAGAUUAAAGAGUUUUACCUCUGAUAAAAGA